AGAGAGAGAGAGAGAGAGAGAGAGAGAGAGAGAGAGAGAGAGCAAGCGAGCAAGAAGGCUCACAGAGCAAAAACCUUCAUCCAUGUGGAGAGCAGUCUGAGGGACUGCCUUCUGCCUUUUUCCACUGACUGGUCUGACUUUUCUUCCAGCAGUGGCACCUCCACUGAGCCUUCAAACCAAGUCAUCGGGAGUUAGAAUCUUCCCACCCAGCCGGGAAGGGAGGAGUUGGCAAGAAUUUGGCUUACCCGUACCCCCUGCAAUCCUCUGGUGUUGUGGAGCGCGUGACUUCUGCCAUGACUGAUACCGUGUUCAGCAACAGCUCCAGUCGUUGGAUGUGUCCCAGUGACCGACCCCUUCAAUCAAAUGAUAAAGAACAGCUCCAGGCAGGCUGGUCCGUCCGUGCCGGAGGUCAGCCCGACAGACAGAGAAAGCAGGAAGAGCUGACAGAUGAGGAGAAGGAAAUCAUCAACCGGGUGAUCGCCCGGGCUGAGAAAAUGGAAGAGAUGGAGCAGGAGCGAAUCGGGCGCCUGGUGGACCGUCUGGAGAAUAUGAGGAAGAACGUGGCUGGGGAUGGAGUGAACCGCUGCAUACUGUGUGGAGAACAGCUGGGGAUGCUAGGCUCUGCCUGCGUGGUGUGUGAGGACUGUAAGAAGAAUGUCUGCACCAAGUGCGGGGUGGAGACCUCCAACAACCGCCCACAUCCCAUGUGGCUUUGCAAAAUCUGCAUCGAGCAGAGGGAGGUGUGGAAGCGUUCUGGAGCGUGGUUCUUCAAGGGUUUCCCCAAACAGGUCCUCCCACAGCCUAUGCCCAUCAAGAAGACCAAGCCCCAGCAGCCUGUCAGCGAGCCCGCUGCCCCUGAGCAGCCCACCGCUGAGCCCAAGCACGCUGUCCGGGCUCCAACACACGGUGACACUGAUGACCGGAGGGGCCCAGGGCAAAAGCCAGGCCCUGACCUGGCCUCUGCUCCCGGGCGAGGAAACUAUGGGCCGCCUGUGCGCCGGGCCUCCGAGGCUCGAAUGAGCUCAUCCAGCCGGGACUCAGAGAGUUGGGACCACGGCCAGGGCUCAGCUGCCAGUGACUCCAGCCGGAGCCCAGCAGGUUUGAGACGGGCCAAUUCAGUCCAGGGCUCCAGACCUGCCCCCACCUCUGUGCAGAGCCCAGUGCCUCCUCAGCCUGGGCAGCCAGCUGAACGAAUGUUGUCUUGGUCCCUGCCUCUUUCCCGUCCAGCCACCCUGGGUGCCCUGGAGUUCAGCCUUCUCUACGACCAGGACAACAGUUCCUUGCACUGCACCAUGAUAAAGGCCAAGGGACUGAAGCCCAUGGACUCCAAUGGCUUGGCCGAUCCCUACGUUAAGCUGCACCUCCUGCCGGGAGCCAGCAAGUCCAACAAGCUUCGGACAAAAACCCUGAGGAACACUCGGAACCCCGUCUGGAAUGAGACUCUGAUCUAUCAUGGCAUCACGGACGAGGACAUGCAGAGGAAAACCCUUAGGAUCUCUGUCUGUGACGAGGACAAAUUCGGCCAUAACGAGUUUAUUGGAGAGACCAGAUUCUCACUCAAGAAACUGAAGCCCAACCAGAGGAAGAACUUCAAUAUCUGCCUGGAGCGAGUGAUUCCUAUGAAGCGUGCCGGGACCACCGGGUCCGCCCGAGGCAUGGCCCUUUAUGAGGAGGAGCAGGUGGAACGUAUUGGUGACAUAGAGGAACGAGGCAAGAUCCUGGUGUCCCUCAUGUACAGCACACAGCAGGGUGGCCUCAUCGUGGGCAUCAUACGUUGCGUGCACCUGGCCGCCAUGGAUGCCAAUGGCUACUCAGAUCCAUUUGUCAAGCUCUGGCUGAAACCAGACAUGGGAAAGAAGGCCAAACACAAGACUCAAAUUAAGAAGAAAACCUUGAAUCCCGAAUUUAAUGAGGAGUUCUUCUAUGACAUCAAACAUAGUGACUUGGCGAAGAAAUCACUGGACAUCUCAGUCUGGGACUAUGACAUUGGCAAGUCCAACGAUUACAUCGGAGGCUGCCAGCUGGGGAUCUCGGCCAAGGGGGAGCGCUUAAAACACUGGUACGAGUGUCUGAAAAACAAGGACAAGAAGAUCGAACGCUGGCACCAGCUACAAAACGAGAACCACGUGUCCAGCGAUUAGAAUGGUGCCCAAGUCCCCAACUCCAUGCUCCACGCCCUGCCCUGGUCGCCACUCCCCGUCCCCAGCCUGCCCCAGCAGCCCGUUGCACUCUGGCGACUCUUCUCUACGUCUCCCCCCACCCCAUCCCCUGCCACCCGCCUAGAGCCUGCCCUUGAGGUCUCCCCCUCACCUUGGGCACUGCCACCAAAGACCUCCUCCUUCUGUGAUGCUGCGAUGUGAGCUCUGAGCGCAGCCGCUCUCCGGUCCCUCCAGGGUGGAGAGCAGUAAGGACAGGGGCAGGGAGAUUUUUUACAAGGAGGUUGUUAAUUUAACCACCUUCCAGUUGGGGUCAUUACAAACGUUCGUCAGCAUUUAGGACUGUUUUUAGACCCUCCUGGCCUGCCACCUGUGUGCACCUGUAUGCGUGAACAGGUGCACACAUGCCCGACGAGCAUUUACUGUGUCGUGUCUGCUGGCUGUGUGUCCCCUCGGUGGUCAGCAGACCCGGACGAGGCUGUGAGGACCGCGUGUUGGGGCAGAAACAGAGUUUCCGGUUUCCCACCGCCUCUCCACAUAUACACCCCAGUUGCCAGGAAAACAGCCCACCGUGUUCAAAAUUCCUGGUGACUAGGGACCGUCUCCCAGCUCCCAAAGGCUUCAAGAAAUGGACACGCAGAAUACACAAAGGGACUCGGUCACCCCCCUCUUUCAGGACAUCACCUGAAUGAUUCCUAGGAAAAAACAACCCCCGUCUCUACCCCACCCCCCUGCCCAACCCCUGCUUCUCUCUCCUCCCCCUUCCCUCCCAUGUCCCUUACACCUCACAAAACUCUCCCCUUUUCACCCUCUCACCUCUUCUCUCUACUCCCAUCUCUCUCCCUCUUUAAGGGAGUCAAAUAGCAAAAGCAAAAAAAUACCCUCCCACAGCCUUCCUCCCUCGCCUCCUCUCACCAGCCUGACCAGCAAACGCUGAGAAACUGGCAAAAAUCCUAAGUUCCACUUAGGCCGGCGCUUGUUCAAACCACCCCCUUCUCCUGUUGGCAGAGCCAGGUGGCCUGGGGCCUCGGUGGCGGCUGCUGCGUCCCCAGGUGCAUGGCAGCAUCCUGCAGGCUGUGCAGACUCCCCACUGAGGGGCCUUCUCAGGCCCUGGCCUCCCCAAGUGGGCGCAGAAGGUCUUUAGAAACCAGAGCUCUGGGUCUGAGGGGGGGCCUCUCCAAAGCCUCAGCAUUAGGUUUCUCGUUCUCUGCUCUUAGUUAAAUGAACCUACCGCCCACCCCUGACCCUGAUCCUCUGCUCCUUUGAUUCUCUCGGACAGUCUCUCACUCAGAACCGCCUCAACCUCUGUGUCUCAGUCUCUCUGUCUAUGUCUUGCAACCCCUUCACCAAGUGUAUCGGAAGAAUAAAAUGCCACCAUCAUGGAUCUAAAACUUUAGAGAGUGACAGGCCCUGAUGUCAAAGGCCUUUGUUCCAUCAUGAAUCGUUCAGUCUUUUUCCUUAAAAAAAAAAAAUAAAUAAAUUUUUUUUUAAGGAGAAAAAGGCAAUGGGGACAAACAUAAAUUUGAAGUUCGGUGGGAGCAUCCUUCAGUGCUGUGUGAGAAAGACUUGGUUGUUUCCAACUUCCAUAAAGUCUUUCCCCUGUAAAAAUCACGCUCUCUGUCCAACCUCGCCCCCCGUUACGUAUCGACAUCAUCAGAUGGGCAGUCAAACUCUCACUUUCUCCAAAAACACACCUUUUUACCUUCCUUUUCAGGGUUCUCCACCCCCAGCUCUCUGCACAGUUCAUUGAAAGUCACUGAUUACUUGCCUCGAAUAACCACUUUCUAAACAUCAAGUUCUCUGCCUUCCCCAAGAUGGCGCACAGCUUCCGAGCUGCCAUCUGGCCUCCUGACCCCCUCUUUCCCCGUCAGUCCCCCUGGCACCCACUCUCAGCCCACCUCCUUUCCAGGGUUUGCCCUUAGGAGAAAGCAUGCUGGCUGCGUCGCCCACGCCUGACGCUGGCAUUAGCACUGGAAUCCGCACGUGGCAAGCUCAAAGUGCCCACAGCCCAGGCGCACGCUCUCUCUGCUCUCCUCCAAAUGUAACCGCCUCCCUCCCUAGAAUACACACACACACACACACACACACACACACACACACCGGUGCAUGCAGAGCAGUCCCACCACCUUUCUUUGUGAUGAUGUAGCCCGAAAAUAAAGUAGCAAUAUCCAGGAAUACUGGUGGCCCGCA